AUGAAAGAGGAAGGAAUUAGGCCAAAUAGCUUCACCUUCAUUUCUGUUUUAACAGCUUGUAGGCAUUCAGGUUUAGUAGAAGAAGGGAAGAAGCAUUUUGAGAGCAUGACAAAAGAUUACUCAAUCAGGCCUGCUGUAGAGCACUGUGCUUGUAUGGUGGAUCUUCUAGGUAGAGCUGGCCAAUUGGUGGAGGCUUAUGAGUUUAUCGAGAACAUGCCAAGUGGACCAGAUAUUGGUGUUUGGGGAGCUUUGCUUGGUGCUUGUAGAAUCCAUGGUAAUCUUGACCUAGCAGAGCUUGUUGCUGACCGAUUGCAUCAGUUGGAGCCUCAAACUGUUAGUUUUUAUGUCCUUAUGACAAAUAUCUAUGCUGAGGCUGGAAGGUGGGAAGACGUAGCAAGAUUGAGGAAGUUGAUGGAAGAAAGAGAGUUGAAAAAGAUUCCAGGCCAUAGUUUGGUGGAGGUAAACCAGAGGUUUCAUACAUUUUUAUCAGGUUCAAAAUCACGGCCUUUCUAA